CAAUCACCGGCACAAUCUGCGGGAUUAAUCAAACAUCUUGGUUUAAAAAGUCUUCACAGUGAGCUGUUUGAAAUGGAUAAUGACUCUCCUCUCAUAUCUGCUCUUUAUUACAGAACUUUAAGUCCGCCAUCCAUCGCAAAUUUACAAUGGCCGAGGAAGGCAUUCCUGCUGGAGGUGUGAUGGAUGUCAACACCGCUCUCCCUGAAGUGCUCAAGACCGCACUUAUCCAUGAUGGCCUUGCCCGUGGUAUCCGUGAGGCUGCCAAGGCUUUGGACAAGCGUCAGGCCCAUCUCUGCGUCCUUGCAGCCAACUGCGACGAGCCCAUGUACGUCAAGCUGGUGGAGGCCCUCUGCGCCGAGCAUCAGAUCAACCUGAUCAAGGUUGAUGACAACAAGAAGCUCGGUGAGUGGGUUGGUCUGUGCAAGAUUGACCGUGAGGGCAAACCCCGCAAGGUGGUGGGCUGCAGCUGCGUCGUGGUCAAGGACUAUGGCAAGGAGUCUCAAGCCAAGGAUGUGAUUGAGGAAUACUUCAAAGCCAAGAAAUGAGAUGUCAAUAAAAUCUGAAAAUUAA